AUAUAUUUUUUGUGCGUUCAGGUUUCUCUAGAAAUUCGAUAGCUUUUGCGGUGUAGAGUAGAUAGCGCCACGCCCACCCCUCCCAUUUUUACUUCGAGCUUUGGACUGGCUAGAAAACUGGCAAGCUAGUUAACUAGGCUAGGUUCUUGUUAUAUAUGUGGCCUUAAUGUUCAGAAACACCCCAGUUUCCCUUGUACUUACAUUUCAAAAGACCCCCUAUUAACAGUUUGCUUACUGUCGAUUUCUAAAUACAUCCGUCAGGUUUCAGUUGCUCUCCAACAGAUCUUGAUAUAUCCUGAUGCAAUAAGGGAAGUGUUGAGGUAGUGAAUAUACCGUAUGCAAUUUUCAUUCCUUAAAAAUAGCUGACGAUGGUGAUCAGCAUAGAUGCUUAGAAGCAUUCAGUGCAUUUCCAUUUAGAUCCAACAUACGUCAGAUUAGGCUGUCUGUUCAUUUUGGGUAUGCUGUAGCCAAGCGGGCAGAUCAGAAUUAUACAGACUUUAUCGUCUAAGAAGUAUGGGUGUUAAAUAUAUACCUAAAGAAAUCUAAGGUAGCAGUAAAAUCGUAGAUGAAAAAAGUGACCUUAAUAACCGAAUAAUGACUAUUUGAGCUCAGGUAGAUGUGAUAAUUUGGAUUUUCGGUUUAAUUGUAUUGUCAGCUCUAUACGUAAUAUGACUUUCAUCUCUAGCGAUGAAUAUUUAUGAGGAAAUUGGGAUAAAUAUUUUUAACUAAUAAAAUUGUUUGUUAAAAUGUAUCAUCUUUCUCAACCAUUUUAUGAUAUUCCUUUGAAGAGCGUGAUUCUGUCAGUCAACUUAUGCGUUUUAUUUAUUUUUUUUUCAGCCAAUGACAAGAUAUGUCUAGCUACCGUGGUUGGAUACGUGCAGUACCUAUAAUUGGAACAAUGAUAGUUUCAGCUUAUGGUGUUGCGUUUACCUGGGAUUACAUAUUGAAGAAGAAGCAAUUAUCCUCAGCAGCACCCGAUUUAGAUGAAGCCUAUGUCCUUCAAUUUUAUAAAGGAGUUUCCGAGUCUACUGGAAAAGAGGAAUGGAAGAAUAAAAGAGUUUACAGACCAUGGGAAGAUGAAAAUAAUACUAAAUCAUAA